ACCACUGGAAAUAUGAUACAGUUCAAGCAGCACAAGCGAGACUCAACCUUGUCAAUACAUUACUUAGUGGGAGAAGAAACACCACAAAUAUCUCUCUCUCUCUCUCUCUCAACAAGAACUGGGAAUAUAUCUUUGUAUAACAAAACCUGCCUUUUGAAAACCAGAUUGAGAAGUGUACUGUACAAUCCAAUCAACACAAUGAAGAGAUUACUGCUGUUAUCAGCGGCUGUUUUUCUCUACCUGGAUCCUGUUCUAUGCGAGAACGGUUCAAAUUCACUUAUGUCAGAUAUUACUAAUGUACUUAAAACCUUCAAUGCGUCACCAGUUGGAGAAGAGCCGUGGCUUUACAUUGACAACCCCUCAACCAUUGAGUACCUAUCUGGUGAUAUCAGUACUCUGGUUAUUCCAGCUGUAUAUAUCCUGGUUGUAAUAACAGGGCUUCCAGCCAACGCUGUCGUUUUGUGGAUGCUUCUCUCCAAAACCAAGACUUUCUCCACUGCAGUAUUAUACUUUAGCCUGGCCCUUUCUGAUCUGCUGUUUUUGGUCACGCUAACUUUUAAAAUCCAUUACCACCUCAAUGGCAACAACUGGACAUUAGGAGAGACCAUGUGUCAAUUGGUGACAGCCAGCUUCUACGGGAAUAUGUACUGUACCAUUCUCAACCACAUGUGCCUUAGCAUAAACCGCUACCUGGCCAUUGUUCAUCCCUUCACUUACAGAAGCCUUCCGAAAAGAAAGUGUGCUAUAGGGAGCUGCAUUCUGGUGUGGGCAUGCUUCUUUGCUGCCAUGGCGCCCGUUUUCUUCAUCACACAGAGCUACACUAUACCGCAGAUUGGGAAUUCUUUCUCAACCUGUCACGAUGUACUCCCACAUUCUGAGAAAAGGUUCUUGCUCAAAUUCUACUCUGUGCUCUUACCAGUGUGGGGAUUUUUUAUACCCCUCAUAGUCGCUUCGUUCUGCUACAUUUCAAUUCUCAGGAAUCUGGACAAGUCUGAACAGAUCUGGUAUUGGUAUAUGAAAAUGACUGGGUUGUUCUUCCUCAUUUUUAUCAUUUGCUUCACCCCAAGUAAUAUCAUCAAUGUUGUUCACUAUAUCAGAUUGUACAGUAUUGGUAAAGACAACUUUUACAUUUAUUAUAACAUAGCCAUGUGUUUCAACAGCCUACACAGCAGUCUCGAUCCAUUCCUCUUCUUCUUAAGAACAAAAUCCUCGGGUUUACAUUUUCAUGCAUCAUCCAAUAGGAAAAUCCUCAGCACGUCUUAGUAACACAGCAAUCUGUGCAGAAGUUACCUGGAUAUAUGAGACAACAGCCACUUUGCACGGAACGAAAUCAAAUGCCAAAAAAAACAAACCGAGUCACAUGCUGUAGAGCAAGAGGCCCUGUAUACAUCAUGUAGAUACUGUACAUUUAAAGAAACUGAAUAUAUUCUGAAAAUGCUGAUAUUUGGAAUAGUAAUCUAUAUGCAUUUUAUUUAACUUGUUAUGCUUUUUUUGUAUAUGAAGUACCAGGAAAAAAAAAGCGGUUCUCACACCUUUUCCAGUGGUGACAAAUUUGAGGGGACUUGUUAUACUACUUUUCUGCAAAAUAUUUUUAUAUAUAUAUAAAAAAAUGAGAGUAUGGGGAGCGGAGAGAGCGAGGCGAAUAAGAGAAACAACUGCUAAGUAUCUGCUUAUUUGUUUAUUUCUAUUUGUUUGGCCAAUGUGCCCUUUUGUUUUGUUGUGUUUGUUUAAAUAUUUUUGUUUAUUUAUUUAAUAAAAUCAGCUGAGUGCCGUUGUGUUCAGCUUCACCCGCCAUCCACUGUUUUGUUUCUGUUACUUCCUGGUCCGUGACGUCACCACACCUCACCACUGCAAUCCAUCCUGCCACAACAGUAUUUCAGGUUAGAUACAAAAUAUCACAUUUAAAUGUCAGUUUUUUGUGAAGUAUAUGGAAAACCAUAUGUUAAUGUAACAUUAUUCAGUAGGUUUCAUUCGAUUUUAUGAAGCAAAAUUAGAUCAUUCUAUAAGGUGACGUAAAACUUUUGGCAAUAGCUGUGCACUGAAAACAUGUCACUUACAGGAAAGCCAGUGAAUGGUGCUGGGAACACAAGCCUAAGAUUCUGAAUGUUUUGUGCUUAAACAAAUACAAAUUGACCAUAAUGUGUUCAUCUGCAUCAGAUAAUGUGAGGUCUACAGUAUCAAGUGAUGGUAACCUGAGUUCUACUGAAAUUGUUUUCUGAUCUUUAAAUUAUCUGUGGAAACAUUUUUGAAAAUAUGGAGCAUGGGUCAAAGUAGACAGAGCUCUGGCCUCAAAAAGGGAACAUAAAGUACCUUGUUAAAUGAUGAGCACAUUUUGUUUAUCAAUUUAAUUAAACAAACUCCUGUAUAAUGACUGACAGCACAGUCAGAAGGGUUGUAUCUGAACUGAGGUUUUAGAUCUAUGGCCAAAACAUUUUGCAAUAUUCAACCCUGUUUACAACCUUCUUUUACACAAGUUAUUGAGUGUAUUACAUUGUGGCGUGCACUACAUUUGAACUUUAAUCUAGAGAACCACUAUGUGGCAAAUGCUACAUAAAUGGUAUUAAAUAUAUCAUUUUCUGUUCUUUAAUUAGGAUGGAUUAAACCUGGCCAGGUUAAAAUAAAUUGUUUGUUUGUGCCCUAUUUAUAAUUUUUAUCUCUCGUUUAGUUUAGUUGUCCAGGCUUGAGGGGGCAUUUUUCAGGGUUCAUUGUAUUAGGAUGAUUAUUUUUAGGCCUUGUCUUCAUUGAAGUCAUCUGGUUUCAGGCGAGAAACUGGGGAAACUGAGAUCGAUUCACAACCAAGGAACAACGUGCAGCUGAUCAUCAGACACACGGGAUGAGUGGCGAGACUCUUAAAUCUUUUCUUUUACGCCGAACAUUGCUGGAUUACAAUUGUUUUUUUUUCAUAGUACUAUGAGCGUUUGUUUUGAUACUUUAUUUUUUCUUGAAAAACAUUUUUUGCAAGUUUGUUUUUGGAGAAAAAUAAUUGACUGUUUCUGUUUUUUUUCUUUUGCAAUAAGGAACUUUAUAGCUCCAUUAAUUUACAUGGACUGGUUUCCUUUAUAUCAAUACUCUUGUUUUUGCUUUGAAUUGUACUUUUGUGUGCAAUAUGUUACUAGCAGUCUCCAGUGUUAAUGAGGUUAUUUUAGGUGUUGUUAUAUCUUUGCCGUGAUAUCUGUUUCAUUCAGUGUGGAGUAGUGGUUAGGGCUCUGGACUCUUGACCGGAGGGUCGUGGGUUCCCAGGAGGGGGACACUGCUGCUGUACCCUUGAGCAAGGUACUUCAACUAGAUUGCGCCAGUAAAAACCCAACUGUAUAAAUGGGUAAUUGUAUGUAAAAAAAAAAAAGUGUAAAAAAUUAUGUAAUUGUAUGUAAAAAAUAAUGUGAUAUCUUGUAACAAUUGUAAGUCGCCCUGGA